GCGAGGCCGUUGAGGCGCGAGUUUGGCGGUUGAGGCGUCCGUUGCUCUGAGGGAGCGCUCGCCUCCGCACGGCUUUCCCCGGAGCUUCUUGGCAAGGGCGGCCCCUUCCUUUCUUCCGUCGGGCCAGCCCUGUCUCACAACCCCGGGGUAGCCGCCCGUCGUAGCCCCUUCGCCGUCGUUUCCCCAGUGGCCCCCGAGUCCCGCCGCCCCCGCCGCCCGCUUCCUCAUGGCCUUGAUGGCGGGUGUGAUCCGCCGGCUGGACGAGGCUGUGGUGAACCGCAUCGCGGCUGGAGAAGUCAUCCAGAGACCCGCCAACGCCAUCAAGGAGAUGGUGGAGAACUGUUUGGAUGCCAAAGCUACCAGCAUCCAGGUAACAGUGAAGGAUGGUGGCUUAAAACUAAUUCAAAUCCAAGAUAAUGGUUGUGGAAUUAGGAGAGAAGACUUGGAUAUUGUGUGUGAGAGAUUCACCACAAGUAAACUACAGACUUUUGAGGACCUAGCUAGUAUUUCUACAUAUGGGUUUAGAGGCGAGGCUCUGGCAAGUAUAAGUCACGUUGCCCAUGUGACUAUAACAACUAAGACAGCUGAUGGAAAGUGUGCCUACAGGGCAAACUAUUCUGAUGGAAAAUUGAAGGCUGCCCCCAAACCUUGUGCUGGAAACCAGGGAACUCAAAUCACAGUUGAGGAUCUAUUUUACAAUGUAACCACUAGGAGAAAAGCUUUAAACAAGCCUAGUGAAGAAUAUGCAAAAAUUAUGGAAGUUGUUAGCAGGUAUGCUAUUCACAACUCUGGCAUCAGUUUUUCAGUUAAAAAGCAAGGUGAUACAGUAGCAGAUGUUAGAACACUGUCGAAUGCUACAACCGUUGACAAUAUCCGCUCCGUCUUUGGAAAUGCUGUUAGCAGAGAGUUGAUUGAAGUGGGCUGUGAAGAUGCAACAUUGGCUUUUAAAAUGAAGGGUUACGUAACCAAUGCAAACUAUUCAGUAAAGAAAUGCAUCUUCUUGCUUUUCAUAAACCAUCGACUGGUUGAGUCAAAUGCUUUGCGAAAAGCAAUAGAAACUGUAUAUGCGGCUUAUUUACCUAAAAAUACACAUCCAUUUUUAUACAUAAGCCUAGAAAUAAACCCUCAGAACGUAGAUGUGAAUGUGCAUCCCACAAAGCAUGAAGUUCAUUUCCUUCAUGAAGACAGCAUCUUGGAGAGUGUACAGCAACACAUAGAGAGCAAAUUGUUGGGCUCUAACUCAUCAAGGGUAUAUUUUACACAGACAUUGCUGCCAGGUGCUACUGCCUCUUCCGCCGAUGUUGUUAAAUCAGCAAGUUCUUCAACUAAUCAAGGGGGAGGCAAGGUCUGUGCCCAUCAGAUGGUCCGUACUGAUUCCCGGGAACAGAAACUGGAUGCUUUUCUUCAGCCAGCAAAUAAACCCAAGCCUUCUGAACUUUCUGCAGUGACACCCCAGGAUAACAACAACAAGCAAAGUUGCAAGGGAACUGGACUACAAGAUGCUGAGAUGGAAGAUUGCAGUGACUUGAAUUCAAGAGAUCAAGCUGUGGAAAUUGCAGAAGGGUCAACAGAAAGCCAGCCAGCACCUCCUGAAGCUCUACCUGCUAGAAAGAGGCAGCGAACAAAAUGUGAUGUGGAAAUGGAAGAACAGCAAAAACAGGAAAUGACUGCUGCUUGCGUUCCAAGAAGGAGAAUUGUGAACCUAACUAGCAUAGCAACCCUUCAAGAGGAAAUUAGUAAUCGGGCACAUGCAAAUCUUCAAGAGAUGCUACAUGAUCAUUCCUUUGUUGGAUGUGUUAACCCUCAGUGGGCAUUGGUGCAGUAUCAGACAAAACUGUAUCUGCUCAGUACCACAAAACUCAGUCAAGAAAUGUUCUAUCAGAUCCUUAUCUAUGACUUCGGAAACUUUGGAGUUUUAAGAUUGUCAGAACCAGCUCCACUCUAUGAUUUAGCUAUGCUAGCCUUGGAGAAUGAUGAAAGUGGUUGGACAGAAGAUGAUGGUCCAAAGGAAGGCCUUGCUGAAUACAUUGUUGACUUUCUAACGAAGAAGAGUGCCAUGCUGAAAGACUAUUUCUCUCUUGAAAUUGAUGAAAUGGGAAAUCUUACAGGACUACCACUUCUGAUAGAUAAUUACGUCCCUCCACUGGAAGGGCUGCCUAUGUUUGUCCUUCGUUUGGCCACAGAGGUAAACUGGGAUGAAGAAAAGGAAUGUUUUGAUACUUUGAGUAAAGAAUGUGCCAUGUUCUACUCCAUUAGAAAACAGUAUAUAAUGGAAGAAUCUGAUCUUACUACUCAACAGGCUGAAGACUCUGGAGCUGGUAUGAGAUCAUGGAAAUGGACAGUAGAACAUGUGCUUUAUAAAGUUCUUCGGACAUACCUUUUGCCUCCUAAAAACUUCACAGAAGAUGGCAGCGUUUUGCAACUUGCUAAUUUACCAGACUUGUACAAAGUGUUUGAAAGAUGCUGA